AACCUGUGUAAACACAGCACAUGCAUGCUAACAUGAAACAUUAGCAAGAUAUUCAGCUACCAGUGUAAUGUACUUAAAAUAAAUAAUGGGCAUGACUGAACACAACAAAGACAGCACAUGUAUGCAAAUCAGUGAGAACUGUGAGAAGUGUAAGCAAUGGAGGUACAAGUCAUGUGAAUCUAUGUUUAAAUAGAUAUAAAAUUGUAUGCAUAAGAAAUAACUGUGUGUAGAAUUUAAUCACAGAAAAAAGAAUAUGUUAGCAGCACUAACACCAUCAAAGAACAAGUGGCACAAUGCCAAGAAAGAUGCAGUGGUGGUGUCCGAGUGGCGCAAAAAGCUAAGGGUACACCUGAGAAGGAGCCAGUGUUGCCACAGUAGGAAGUGAGAGAGACAGAGCAAGAGAGAGGGAGAGGGAGGGAGAAAGAGAAUCACUGCAGGCGGAGGAAGUGAUUGGAGCGACUGUCAUAUGAACUGCCAUAAAAACAUGGCAUAACUAUUGUUUGAAAUAGCCUUGCCUGGAGUAGGACGCCUAUCUUGUACCAAUACCAGUUAUCACAACAAAACUACCAAAUUAAGAAGUUCAAGAAUUUAUUUCUGUUCAUUUUUGUUAUGUAACUAUCAGACAAUUGGGAAUUAUUUGAAAAAAUACAUCUGAAAAAAUACAAUUUUGAAAAACUUAAUUGUUAAGAAACAGUAGAAUGUUGCAGAUUGUAUAAUUACAGAUCACUUCUUUGGCGAAAAUGGUCAGAUUUCAGGCCAUUGAUAGGAAACUAUUCUGGGGCAACCCGAGCCACUGUGCACCAGGGUUGCUCCAUGUUCCAAUCCUGGUCUGCUCUGUCUGACAGUCUUAUGAGGACGUCCGCCUGGUCUUCCCAGGAAAAACUGGUCUCUUUGUGUUCUGCCCAGACCUGCAUCAGUUUGAGGCUCCACCUUUAGUUUCCAUGGUAACACCAUCUCGAUCUGCACAGACCUGAAGCCAAAGGACAAGUCGGUCACACUGAAAUUCCAAGGCUGUUAACCCAGGUUUUCCUGGGCACAGACUUAUUGCAGGGUGGUUGAAUAUUUCCUAUAAUAUCAUUAUUUUCUUUUGUUUUCCCGAUCGUCUUCAAUCAGACUACAUAUUUUUCUACAUAUUCAUGAUAUUUUCUUCAUAACUAAAAUUAGACCCCCUAGUUUUCAGUUUGUAUUUAGCCAGGUAAUGGUUUAUACACCAGAGGUGCCAGAUGAUUCAAACCCAGUGUUUUCUUACUUUAGCUCUAUAAACUGAGAGUAUGAUUAUGUAAUUUUAAUGGAGGCGAUGACAUAUAAAAGUCAGUUGCAUUUACAUAAAGCUCAAGAUUUAUGAGUCAUUUGUCUGACUCAGGGUGAAGUUUGUGCAGACGUUAUAUUGCAAUUAGAACCAACAUCUUUGUGUUAAUGCAGACAAGGGUUCAGUCCAGUGAAGGGACUUCUCUUUCUAUGUUCUAUGGAUACAUGCGGUCAUACAUUACUUUCUGUAACAGAAAAUUGUAGAGCUCACUUAUAUCUGUAUGGCUCUGAACAUACUGCCUCUUUCCCUCUCCAUGCAGUCUAUUCCCCAGUAGUCUGCAUUCUGCAGGAAUUGACCUAAACGGUACAGAAGUCCCUGUACUCUACUUAUGUUAUUGCAUUCUUUUUCCAGUUAUUUUCUUUUGCUUAGCAUAGUUAACCUACAUUAGUAUUACAUUACAUUACAUUUAUUUGGCAGGCACUUUUAUUACUACAAAACACAGGCCCGAUAAGGUAACAUACACAUUAUGUAACAGUUUUCCAUAGCCAUGAAAGUACUUUAAGUUAUCCAUACAGUAUUAUUGGUCUAAGACAGAUGUUACCCUGGCAUAUAUUUCUGUUUCUCAGAUAACUCAUGUGGAUGCAGUUAAGUUGCUCUGGAUAACAGCACCUGCCUAAUGAAUGUAAUAUAAUGUAAUGCUAAGAGGGGAGCAGAGCACCACUUCUGCAGCCUCAAAGGGAAGCUGUGGACUUCAAUGGUGGAUCAAUGCCAAAGGAUUACUAAAACCACUGCGAAUCACAUAAUAACGCACUGAUUCCAGCACAAAGCAAAAAUGCUACAUGGUUUUGCAGGAGCAGUGUGGAAAGUGUGUACGAGGAAAUUAGAACGGACAAAAUACAGAGAAACACCCAAAACUGUUCUUGUUCAGUAUAUAGUUUGCCACCUGCUUUUGAAAAUCUACAUGGUGGAUUUUUUAUUUCCCACUCCGGCAAUGUGUGAUAUCUGCACUUGCACCAGAAAGCCUUGGAUCAAAUGCUGAACUAAAAUAGAUGCGCACGGUCCACAAUGCCGAGCACGAUGUCGAACAGAAAUGUUUAGAGCGCGUUCGCUUUGCUAGCAUUCUUUCAUGGAGGGCCGCUCUGACAACAGCCCGGGUUACCUCAGGACAUCGCCGGUUGAGGGAGGCUUGUCUUGUUGCAUUUGGCUCUCUCGCGGGUUCUCUCUCUAAAAGGUACAGUACUGCUGCCUCAGAGAAGCACAUGGGGAGGUUCUCUGCUCUGACCCUUUGUGAAUUUUGAUGUUCUGCGGACACCAUAUCAAAGUAAUGUUGUUCUUAUUGUAUACUAUACUUCAGCACAAAAGAAAAAACUAUUUUUUCAACACAAAAGAAAGUAUAAAUCAACCAUAUAAAUUAUUUGGAUUUUAUAUUUCUCAGGCCAAAGGAGACAUGAUUCCUUCUGUUUUGGUAUUAGUUUCAUAGGUCUUGUUGGAAAUUUACAUUUGUCAGUUUCUUUUUUCUAAGGCAGCUGAAAUAACCAGGGUCUUUAAAUAGCUCACACAUAUAAAACUGAAGAAACAGAGAAGUGGUUUGUUGGCUUGGACUGCUAAGGCAUUUCAUCUGUCGAAUAUUGUUGCAGUGCUCCAAGAACUAUAUUAGCUUGUAAUCAGAUUCUAACAGUUCAUUAAACCUGUCUCCUCUGAGCCCUGUCUCUAACCCCCACCCACCCCCACACAUGCACACACACACUUUCUCUCUCUCUCCCCCUCUCUUUCUCUCACACUUUCUCUCCCUCUCUCGCUCCCUCUCUCGCUCUCGCUCUCUCUCUCUCUGUGCUCUCGGUUUCCUCUUUGUCCGUGCACAAAGGACCCUGAGGGGUAUUUCUCAGGCAGUAUCUCUGCUGUGAAAACAGUUCCCUCCUGGGGUAUCCAGGGAGAGUAAUGGCAUGAGCUGGCUCUUCCCUGGAUAUGGGCAGGAACUGUGCUGAGCGCAACGCCCCCGACCCCCACCCCCACUCUCCUCAGCUCCUACUUCCACCCUGUCCUCAGACCACUGCAUGCAGACGACGACUGGAACCAAACUGGAACCAAAUCAGAUAAAACCGCUGUGAGAUCAGCUGUAAAUUGUCCGUGGGAGACCCAGGACUUCCUUGAAUAUGCACACCACAAAGCUUACUGCAUUACACCAUUAAUAACAGGAUGUUAAUGCUUGACGGGAUGCCGGCAGUCAGAGUCAAAGCAGAACCUCUGGAAUCUGAGCGAGGGUCCCCCAAAGUGCGCAGUUACCCGGAUAUGGAAGCAGUCCCACUCCUAUUGAGUAAAGUCAAACCAGAGCCUCCCGAGGACCUCCUCUCCCCCGAGCAGUUCCACACACAGACUGAGCCCGUGGACCUGUCCAUUAACAAAGCCCGCACCUCGCCCCCUUCCGGAAUCUUCUCGUCCCGUUCCUCGCCAGUGAUGUCCCUGAACUCCUCCUCCUCCCCCACCGUUAUCACCUCCGUCUCCUCCGUACCGAGGCCGCUGGUGGCCUCGCCCUCCAGAGUCAGGAACCAGCAGUUUUUGCACAUCGUCCACCCCUCCCCAGCUCCCUCCAGCCCUGUCAGCCUCCAGACCAGCAAGCUGCCCGGACAGGUCCGGCGCAUCCCUGUGGUGGUGCAGCCCGUGCCCCUGAUGUACAGAUCCAUCCGCCCACCAACAAAUGCCAACUCCCCCAUCAUUCUACCUCUGCUUGAGGAGAUCCGGAAUCAAGGCAAAGGGAAAAUGGACCCUAAUGGCUUGUCGCCGAGACAAAUCAAAAGCGACAGUGAUGAUGACGACCUGCCAAAUGUGACCUUGGACAGUGUUAAUGAAACAGGUUCCACUGCUCUCUCCAUAGCCAGGGCCGUGCAAGAUUCCAUGUCACCGUUCAGUAUUGAGAGCCUGAGACGUCCUCGAAGAUCUGAGUCCCCAGACUCCAAGAAGAGACGCAUCCACAGGUGUGACUUUGAGGGCUGCAAUAAGGUGUACACAAAAAGCUCCCAUUUGAAAGCACAUCGACGAACACACACAGGCGAGAAGCCGUACAAGUGCACCUGGGACGGCUGCACCUGGAAGUUUGCCCGCUCUGACGAGCUGACGCGCCACUACAGGAAGCACACGGGGGUGAAGCCGUUCAAGUGCGCGGACUGCGACCGCAGCUUCUCUCGCUCCGACCACCUGGCGCUGCACCGGCGCAGGCACAUGCUCGUGUGAGCCGGGGGGGAGGGGGGGAGCGGUGAGGGGCGGGGAAAGGGGGCGGGGCUAACGGGAGCACGCACAGACAACGCAGGAGAGCUGGGCCUUUCCUUGCACACGCAGGAGAGCUGGGCCUUUCCCCUGCAUGCCCAGGACCCCCCCCCCUCCCCCCCCUCCUCCAUACAGAGAGGAAGGCAACGGACAGACGGACUGUUACGCAGACGUCGAGGGAGAAAACAGGGUCUGGCUCCUCGGAUCGGCAGAGGUAGGGCCCGGAAGCCAAUAGGAUACUGGCGCGAAGUCAAAGAAUCUGUCCUUUACUGAGCACUGUUUGAUACGUUUCUCUUACAUUCAAAAGGCAUAUAUGUUCCUUGUUUGGACAAACAGGUAUUACGGUCAGUAUCAUUGUCAACUAUAUAUAUAUUUUUCAGUUUUAGUAUAUAUUGUUGUUUUGUAUAAAAGGCUGCUUUUCUGCAUCUAUAAUGUGAAACAAUACAGACAGAAUGACUGUGCUACUAGUGCCGCAACACAGACAGGUUUCUUAAAGAACAGUAUUAUUGCACAAAUCCUUGCAUCUUUCCCCUGCUCUGUGCUCUAAGCAGUUUACAGGACAUCUCCAGGAUAUUUGAUUGCCUCUUUGGAAUUUUUAAAAGACAAUACUCCACAAGCCUAAAUACAUAGGACACAGCGGAUUUUUGAUAGCCUAAAGUCGUCCAACAAACCAAUGGCAAGAUGAUCAAGGACGUAAUUGUUUUCACACGCACACACACACACACACGCUGCAUAUGUAUAUAUACAUGUAUGUUAUUAAGCAGUUUUGCAAACCUUUAUGUAAUUGUUUUUUUUUUUUUUUCAUAAAGUGGAUUUUUGAGAAAGUUACACCAUGUACAUCCCUAACAGCCUUUGUAUAGUUGGAUGUGUAAUAGUAAACUUUUCCAGUCAUCCUUGAAUCUCCACACGGCAAUAUCUUUCUGAAUGCCCAUUUUAGUUUUUUUUUUUUUUUCUCUAGUCUAGAAAAUCAUUGGUGGUGCAUUCUGUGCUGUGAUUAGCAAUCCAUAAAGUGCAAUCUGAACAAGUGAAUAUAGUUUUGUGUAAAAGAAAAAAAAAUGUACAAAAUACUUUCUGUCAUUUUAUGUUAAUUAUUAUCUUUAUCUGUCUGCUUUGAUAAAAAACAAACAAAAAAAAAACAGUAUUUUGAAAACUGCAGAAUUGUAAUAUCAGUAUGUAUAAUUUACAACGCUUUAAGCACCUUACACUAAAAAAUAAGAAUUCAGUUAGUUCCUGAAAAAGUAGUAUAUUAUAUGAAGUGAAAGGGAUGGGGGAUAUUUUUGUUCUUGUGAAAGUUAAAUAGGACCGAAUAUAACCCCCAAUUGGGAAAUGGUGUUAAGGGAAGCUUCGUCUCUGGGUCCCAUUACCAGCGGCUGUCUGUUACAGGAUCUCUUCGAACAUGGAAGGCAUCUGGGCAUAUAUGCUUUGCAUUAUUUUAUAUAUAUUUAUAUAUAUAUAUAUAUAUAUAUAUAUAAUAUAUAAUAUAUAUAUAAUAAUGCAUUUACCCCCUGCAAUACUUUCACAUUGUAUUGCUAGAUUUUUAAUCGGAACAUUGGACAGAUUUGGACAGAUCCAAAAAAGGGCAUGUGGAUUUAUGAUACAACAAUUUCUACCAGCAAACAUACAGCAUUUCCCAGCUGCCCCCUAGUGGCCCACUGUCUCACUACAGUGAUUCGCAAGCAGACAGUUGUCUUGAGAUCAGGAUGAGCAGGCUAGACAAUGCAAAACAGAUUGGCCCUGCCGCUAAAAGACCUCUGCAGGGCCAAUUUGCCAAACGGUUCCAGACCAGCGGCUGCACUCUCAAAAGAAAGGGUUUCAAAACGCUCCUCUGUAUCUCCAUUGGGGAACUCUAUCUAGAUCAAAGAAUGGUUCUUUGUCAGGCAAAAUGGUUCAAUCUCAGAGCUUUAACACUUUUCACACCUACCAUAGAGGGUUACAUAGAGAAACUAAUGAGGUUUCUCUGUGGAGACAAGCCAAAGAGCCUUCUUUUCUGAGAAUGUGGACAUUUUUUUCUGAGUGCUAGCUCGUUGGAAUCAUUUCCCUCACGUUCCAAAUUUGACUUUUUCUCCCAAAUUGGAAUUCCCUGACGAAUGUGUAGGCCCAGCCCAUGGCUACAGUGUCCUCUGUCGAAUCUGGCGAUCCCACGCUAAUGUUUCCUCUCAGCCAUAUUGGCCAGCCUCAGCCUUUGCUUCUUUUCAGUGUGCACCUCCAGCUGAGCUGGGCAGUCGCUGUGUCAGAUGACUACACUUAAAAUGCAGCUGAGGCUGACUUGGUCACUGGUUCAGUCAGUGUUCAAUUUUAGACUUUGGGUUGGUCUGCAUCAAGGGCUAGUGCUUUAGCUGGAUGCUAAAGGGAGACUCAUUCACCUCACGGUUUGUAAAAGCAUAUUGCAUGCUUCAUGUUCAUGUUGAUGUUUCAUCAUCUAAAAUAUUGCCUGUCAUAGCUGAGAUGUACUGUUGCAUUGCCCAGGUCUUGCACUCAGAAAGGGUAUCAGAGUAGGAGUGCUGACCUGGGAUCAGUUUUGUCUUUUAGCUCAUAAUGAAUAAGGUUAGGAUACGGGUUGGGAAAAAGCUGAUCCGAGAUCCAAACUCCUACUCUGAAACACUGAAUGCAAGGCUCCGAGCUACUUAUAAUGGAAUGUCAAACAUCAUUUACUCUCAGCAAACAUGUUUACUGGUUCUACUAGUAGAAGUAAGUGAUAUAAUAAGACUGUAACUUUUGCACAUGUCAUACAGACAACGUCUUUGACAAAAUGUCACAAAAGACCCUGUGUUUAUGGAAAAAUGGGUUCUUGUUCGGGUCUUGUUUGAGAUUUUCAGAAAUCCUUAUCUAAGAACACAAUGCAUGAUCUAAACAGCAUUUCAGUGCACAUUGUAUAUUUUGAAGUUAUAUGCCCAUACACCGGAAAAGGCUUUAUAAGCAAAGGCCACCUGGAUCACUUAGAUUCUGCAUAACAACCAACCAGCCUGUUUCUCUCUUCAGCAUGAACUCUUAAAGGGGCCUGCUACCAUUAUCAUGCUUUGGGUUAUCUGGCAUGUCACUUCAAUUAGAGGCCAAGGUAGAAAUUAUGUGGUUUGUUACAGAUACUCCAUUACAUUGGUUUGGUAGCAUAAACACAAGUUGCCAAUGGAUUCUUUCUGAGCAAAAAUUCCAGCUUGUACUUUGAUAUGGUACCAAUGUCCAAUAGAGCAGUGGUACCCAACCCCAAACCUCUGUCCUGGGGACCCCCCUGUGUAUGGUGGUUUUUGUUCCAGCCACAAUUGCAAUCCCAAAAUUGUAACAAGUUUUAAUUACAGUUGGUGCUUUUCAUGUUCAGCUAUGCAUGUCAUGUAGAAUUAACCUCUCAUGUUGAAAUUGUGCUAUAUUUCAAAGAACUUCGUAAAAAGAGGAAGAAAUUUUUUUUUAACUAAUCAAAUUAAUGACCUAAAUGGAUCGAUAGACUCCUAAUUGGCAAAAGUGUGGACACAUGGCCACUAAAACUAACCAUGAGGUAGACAAAGAAAAUGGUAAUAAGCCCAAACUGCAUGGUGUUAAGUUAAAGGUUAAAAAAAAGAAUUGAGCGAUCACAUAUUCAGUAGUCUAAUUAUGAGGCUGCUGAUCAUGUAAUUUGAUCAGUAACAUGUUUACCUCUUUAUAUUAAUUUUUGCAAUAAAGAACAAUUAGAAUAAUGUAAACAUGAUAUUUUUAUUCUUCAUGGCAUGUAUAGCUAUUUUUGACAUAAUGUAGCUUAAGAGGGUAAAUAAUCCUUCAAAAUAUGAAAAGUACCUAAUUAAGAAAAAAUAGCAGCUCUUUAAAAUUCUGUGAUUUUAAUUUUGUCUGGAACAAAAACCAGCAUACACAGGGGGUCCCCAGGACCAUGGUUGGGGACCACUGCAAUGGAGGAGAACCUCAGAACUGAGACAGUAAAUAACAGUGUUUCUCAAGCAGUAUACCGUUAGUGAAGUAAUGCAGUUAUGUUACUAUGAAGUAUGGAAAAUAUGUCUGAAAAAUGCUGCAAACAAAACAAAAAGGAUUAUGCUGUGUGUUAUGUUCAAUAUGAAAUGAGACCAAUAUGUUUUGAAUUUUGAUGCUAGGUUACAUAUAUUUUGUGUGGACACAUGAUUACACCAGUUCUUCAAGUCAAAAAUGUUUGAUUGCCUUUUAGGAAGCAAAUAGCACCAGCACCUUGUUUAAGUGAUAUAUAGUUCAGUAAUUCUCAUCAACACAUUAUCAUUUCAUAUCAUUUUUCACUUUGUGAUUUUCUGAAAUGAAGGGCACUUCUUCUUUGUUUUGUUUUUAUUUUAUAUUCAGUUUCUGUACAAGAGGUGUUUUAAAAUAAUGUAAUAUAUGUGAGUAUUUCAAAACCCAGUUUUAUAUAGAAUGUAUAUACUAUUGUGUGGAUGGACUUUUUAACACAGAUAAAUACUUUGAAUACAUUUUUACAGGUAGUAAAUUAUAGAAUUUGGUAUAUUCAGGAUGCUUAAAGCAUUGUCCUAAUUACACACAAAAAAAAUAUUUAAUUUCAGUUUAACUGACUGGUUCUAGUUCUGUUUUUCCACAACGAAUAAGGGGGGAAAUCUAAACCUGUGCAUAUUUUAUUUUUCAAAAAUACUCCAUCAGAGCUUUCAAUGCAACCAUGCCAUAAAACGUGACGUGUUUCACUUCUUUGUUACACAAAUGCAUUAUAUUUAUAUAUGCAUUAUAUAAUACAUGCAUUAUAUAAUAUAAUGGAAUUUGACAAACUUGACAGUGUCACAUUUGUUAAUGAACAUGUUUUUCCCUCUUUAAGUUAUUAUAAUGAAAAUUAAUCAUGUAAUCAAUUUUGGAUAUAGCUUGCAGUUUAUGCACACUCAAUAUAUUUCCUUUAUCUGAAUUCUUACCCAUAAGCGAGGAUUCAUUUUUGUGGCAUAAUUUUGUAACGGCAGCCAGGGUCAAAGUUAUGCAAUAAUCAGUAGUGCCUCCUAAUAACUGUACUGUAGUGUGGACCUGUACAAGCAUUACACAGACGAGAAUUACCACAGUUAGCUGCAAAAAUUGAUAAUGAAUCAAUCAAAAUAUUUUUAACAGCAGAUUAACCAAUAUGCAAAAGUUACAUUUUGCAAACAUCCCAGCCUUUACAUUUGAAUUUUUGUUUUAUGAUGUAACAAUUUUAGACAUAAAAUAAGACAUCUUAACAGCCAGCAGUGACCAUCUAAAAGGGGGGUCCUCCCCCUCCCCAUCCCCUUUUUUAUAACAUUGUAUGUGUCUCCUAUGGUAGUCGCAUAUGCUUUGUAAGGACAUAUUAACAACUUAACCUCAAAUCACCUCUGAAAUGAAUUGAUAAUGAACAGUUUUUUAACCCUUUCAGGUUUUUUGCACAGAUUUACUUCAUGUACCCAUUUGCAAAGCCGAGAUAACUAGAAUAAUGGCUUUUCAUUUGUACCAUGUGAUUUCAAAGGAAGUUGUAUGGUAUUUCACUGGGAAACUUCAAAAACAUAUAUUGAAUGUGCAACGACUGGGACCCCAACUUUUGGACUUUUAUUAUUUUAUUUUUAUUUUUUUUGUUUUGUAAAUGUAUUAGUGCAUUUUUUCCAGUUAAUAUCAAUGAUGUUUAUUUUAUCUUCAUUGUAAACUAAGUAGCUGAGCUGAUACCUAUGUAAGUGUACUGAUAUUAUCUUAAGUGUUGUUCUUGUAUUUAUGUACAGUGUAUGUAAUGUAAAUAUAAUUCAGAGCUUUUCAUUAUUUCAGUAAAAAAUAUUAUAUGCGAUGAUUAAAAGGGAGUCCCAGAUUCGAUUUUCAGAAAAUUAAAUGCCCCAGUGUCUUUGAAGAGAUUCAAAAGAAUUUGUUUUCUUCUUUUUACAAUAGCGUCAAAACAUUUUGUCAGUACCUUGCUUUUUCAAGCAUUAUUUUAUUUUCCAAAUGAAUUGACCUGUGAAUUGAAAUUGAGUUUAAUCAUAAACAUGUAUUAUAAUCUGAAUGGAGGCAUGACGGUAAAUAAAGUUGAAUUUUGUUUUUAAUAAAAA